AUGUUCUCCAGCACUCCCCAGGUGCGAAGCUUGCACAUCAACAACAUCAACCCUCAUGUGAAAGAGGCCAAAUAUGCAGUUCGUGGUGAACUUGCCAUCAAGAGCGAGCAGUAUCGUUCACAGCUAGCCAAUGGCGAAGGGAAAGAUCUGCCCUUCGACUCAGUCAUCAGCGCGAACAUAGGCAAUCCGCAACAGCUCGACCAAAAGCCGAUAACUUUCUUCCGACAAGUCGCAAGUUUGAUGGAGAACCCGCAGCUUCUAGAGCAAGAAGAUGUGCUGAAGAAUGGACUGGGCUACAAGAGCGACGUGAUUCAGCGCGCGAAGAAGCUUUUGAAAGACGUGAAGAGCGUCGGUGCAUACUCACAGUCUCAAGGAGCGCCGGGUAUUCGGAAGAGCGUCGCUGAAUUCAUCGAGAGACGAGACGGAUAUGCCUCAGAUCCUGAACACAUUUACCUGUGCGGGGGUGCCAGUGCCGGAGUAAACGCACUCAUGAGCGUCAUUUGCUCCAGCCCGCAGACCGGCGUGCUUGUUCCUAUUCCUCAGUAUCCUCUUUACACUGCUACGCUGAGUCUGCUCAAUGCUCAGGUUGUUCCAUACUACCUCAAGGAGGAGUCGAACUGGAGCACCGAUGUGGGCGAUAUGCGGGCCGCACUGAAGGAAGCGCAAAAGAAGGGCAUCGACGUUCGUGCUGUUGUCGUAAUCAACCCCGGAAAUCCGACUGGUGGCUCUCUCGAUGCCGAUCACAUCAAAUCCGUUAUUGAACUCGCGGCGGAGGAGAAAUUGGUCGUGCUUGCAGACGAAGUCUACCAGACCAAUGUGUUCGAGGGAGAGUUUACAAGUUUCAAGAAGUGCUUGCGAGAGCUGCAGAAGAGCGAAGCAAACAAAGACGGAAAAUUUGACAAUCUCGAGCUGGCCAGUCUGCAUAGCGUCAGCAAAGGAAUGGUUGGCGAAUGUGGUCACCGCGGUGGUUACUACGAAAUGGUUGGAUUCGAUCCGGAGGUCGUCGCACAAAUCUACAAAUUCGUCAGCAUUAUGCUCUGUCCGCCGGUUGUUGGCCAAUGCAUCGUCGAGCUUAUGGUGAAUCCGCCUAAAGAGGGCGAGCCAUCGUAUCCGCAAUACCGCGAAGAGUACGACACCAUAUUUAACAAUCUUUACAAGCGUGCCAUGGCUCUUUACGGCGCCUUUCAGGAAAUGGAGGGAGUGGAAUGUCAACCACCACAGGGCAGCAUGUAUCUGUACCCGACCAUCAAGCUGCCGCAGAAAGCCAUUGAAGCCGCGGAGAAAGCAGGAAAGAACGCCGACGACUUCUAUUGCUUGAAGCUCCUGGAUGCUACAGGUGUAUGUAUUGUGCCUGGAUCCGGCUUUGGCCAGAAGGAGGGCACUUUGCACUUCCGAACCACGUUCCUUGCGCCUGGCACGGAGUGGGUCUCGCGAAUUACAAAGUUCCACAAGGACUUCUACGACACAUACAGAUAG